AUGCAGAAGGUGGCAAAAGGAGGAAAGGAAAUGCGAAAGAAGAGGGGAAAGAACUUACUGACGAUCGAAGUGAAGAAAGGGAUGGAGAAGUCGCCUGAAUCUGGGCGCUGGAAGCCGGAAGUCUUGUUGCCGGAAAAUGGAAAAUGCGCGAAGGGAGGAAAAAUGGCAAAUAGAGUUGGAGAAAGCUUAGGAGGCGCUCUGUCCAUCACCAAUCCGAGCUCAUCAGGUCAGCUCGGUCCGGGGAAGUUCCGUGCUUCUUCAAUAACCAAACUUCUUUUGUCGCAAAACUUUUUCUCUGGUGGUCUUCCUGAAGGAUUGAGCGAGAUGAAGAGGCUUGAACAUUUUGAUUUGUCGCAGAACAGGCUUUCUGGUACCAUUCCUCCAAAGAUCUCUGCAUUAAGGAGCUUGUUACACCUACAACUAUCCGGCAACCAAUUCUCAGGGAAGUUACCAGACUUUUCUGGUCUAUGGCAGCUAACCACAUUAGAUCUCAGUAGCAACCUAUUCUAUGGUACACUGCCUCAAUUACCUACAAGUUUAAGAACGCUAUUAUUAAGUCACAAUAUGAUUUCUGGCAAUGUUUCAUCCAUUGGAAGGCUUCCACAUCUCAAGACAUUAGAUCUCAGUGAUAAUAGGCUCUCUGGCAAAAUAGAGCCGGAUAUCCUUACAUCACCUAAGGUAAGCAGCAUCAAUGUCUCAGCAAAUCUCUUCUCUGAUAUUGAAGUCGUAUUCAUGAAUCAACCCAGCCAGCUUCAGCUAUUGGAUGCCCACGGUAACCAUCUCCGUGGUCAUUUGCCAUUGCAUUUAAUCACCUAUCAGAAUCUAAGAGCAAUCUAUCUUGGGCAUAAUUUAUUCUCUGGUUGGAUCCCGAAGGAAUAUGGGGCAAAGCUGUAUUCUUGGAAGACUUUGUUUCUCGAGUACAACUUCCUUCAAGGAACUCUGCCACAGGAAUUCAUGAACAACCUCGAAAGGAUUAGGGGCAGCUUAGCACACAAUUGCCUUCGUUGUCCAAAAAACGUAAGUUUCUGUCACGGAGGGCAAAGGGCACCUUCAGAAUGCACCGGGCAGAAAGGUGAAGGCCCAUGGUUGAUAAAAUUAGGAUAA